AUGGAAAUUAAAAACAAUAUAAAAUCAUUGCCAAAUAGGAAGUCACUUGGGGUGUGGCACGAUGGUAUUUUUUAUAAGUUAAAACGUGCAAACAUCCCAAAAUAUAUUGAACACAUUUUAAAAUCUUUUCUUACUGACAGAUGCUUUGUUGUUAGAAUAAACGAGGCACAAUUAUCAUGUAGACCUAUUCAAACUGGAGUUCCUCAGGCGGUAUCUUGUUUAAUUUUUUUAUCCCUGACAUUCCUUAAUUCACGAAUACAAACAUCGCCCUAUUUGCAGAUGAUACUGCCAUCUACUGUGGAACUUCGGAUACUCAAACAAUUACAGCUGUUUUUCAAAAAUAUCGCCAAGAAAUUUUUCUUUGGUGCCAAAAAUGAAGAAUACUCAUCAACCUAUCAAAAAGCUAAGCAGUACUCUUUUCCUUACGAAGAUCACAGACUCCUCAACCAGUUAAAUUUGACAAUGUGCCAAUAUCAAGGAAAUCAUUGGUAA